UCUUCCAAGUGCUCAGUGAGUGACCAUCAGAGAACAGCCAUCACAAUGGACGAAGAGCCAGACGAGCAAGGCAUUCACAGCUGGGAUGAUAUCAGCCAGUUUCCCGAGCAUCUGAAGAAGUACUGGCACCAAAGGUUUCGGAUCUGGCAAAGCUACAACCAAGGAAUAUGGAUGACUGAAGAUGCUUGGUUUGGCGUGACUCCAGAACCUAUCGCUAAUAAGAUUGCCGUGCACAUAGCAGAGUCAGCCCCAAAGGAGAAAACCAUCAUUAUCGAUGCAUUCGCUGGUGUCGGUGGAAACGCGAUAGCGUUUGCACGAAAUGGCCAUUUCGAUCAAGUCUUUGCUAUCGAGAAGGAUCCGAAAACAUUGAAAUGUGCAAAGCACAACGCCAAGGUCUAUGGCGUUGAGAAAAAAAUCAUCUGGUGUGCUGGCGAUUGCUUUGAUAUCAUCAAAAGAAGAUUCAGCGGGAAUGCCAAUAUCAUCAUCUUUGCUAGCCCGCCAUGGGGAGGCACUGAAUAUAGCAGUGAAGAUGUGUUUGACCUUUCAAGGAUGGAGCCAUACAAUCUGGAAAAACUCUACAAGGGCUUUUCGAAGUACAGCAAGCAUGUGAUUCUUUAUUUGCCACGGACAUCAGAUUUGAAUCAACUUGCUCUGUAUGCGCCGAGCGAGAAGAAAGCGGAAGUAGCUCACUACUGCAUCAUGGGCGCUAGCAAGGCACUUUGCGUAUAUUACGGUGAUUUCGAUUUUUGA